AUGCCGAUUCUCGACAUCACCAAGGACCUCGCCGCGCUCUUCGAGCAGCAGGCAAAGGCCACCCCAGAUGCUCUUGCUCUUGAGGAUGAGUCGCGAACUCUUACCUACGCCGAGUUGGACCAAGAGACACAGGCACUCGCCGACCGCCUACGUCGGCAUUAUGGAGUUGGUAGAGACAGCCUCGUCGGCGUGCUCAUGAGCCGGAGUGCAGACUACGUCGUUGCUUCGUUGGCUGCUCUUCGCGCCGGCGGUGCUUUCCUGGUGCUCGAGCUCGCGUAUCCCUCUGGGCUUCUUCGCGAUGUCAUCCAGGACGCAAAGCCUACAGUGGUCAUCACCCAAAACGCACACGUCAACCACAUCAAGGCAGAUGUACCCGUUAUCGUCUACGACGAGCCCAGCAAGACGACUGUCAACGGCCAUGCGAACGGCGAGCUUUCUCCGUUGCCCGCCAGCGACGACCUUGAUCGUCUCGCCUUCGUGUCGUACUCCUCGGGCACGACCGGCCAGCCGAAAGGCAUUGCCAACCCUCACAGAGCCGCUGUGCUUUCGUACGACCUCAGAUUUGGUCUCAGCGACUUGCAACCGGGUGACCGUGUAGCCUGCAAUGUGUUCUUCGUCUGGGAGAUGCUCCGCCCCCUUUUGCGCGGAGCAGCAGUCUUCGCUGUUCCGGACAGUGCCAGUUACGACCCUUCAGCUCUUGUCAAUCUGCUCGACUCUCGACAGAUCACAGACACCCUCAUGACGCCUACCUUGCUGGCAACUGUCCUGUCCCGUCACCCUGAUCUGAGCAAGCGCCUGCCUAAGUUGCGGUCUCUUUGGUUAAAUGGUGAGGUGGUUACCACCGAUCUCUGCCGCAGAGCAAUCAAGGCGUUGCCCGAAACCAGACUCUUGAACGUCUACAGCGCUAGCGAGACCCACGAGGUCGCCGCCGGUGACAUCCGCACUUUUGUUGACUUUGAGACCCGCGUUUGCCCCGUCGGCCCACCUAUGGACCCGGAGCAUAUCUACAUCAUGGAUGAGAACGGUAACAGAGUCGGCAACAACGUCAGCGGAGAGCUCUACGUGGGCGGCGACCUCCUGGCGAGGGGAUAUCUGAACCUCCCGGAGACGACUGCUAAAGCUUUCCAUCCGGAUCCUUUCGUCAAGAAGGAAGGUGCCCGCAUGUACCGCACCGGCGAUCUUGCCCGCGUGCUUCCCUCUGGGCUUCUCGAGAUCACGGGCCGAGCAGGUGGCAUGAUCAAGACCCGUGGCUACACCGUCCAACCCGGUGCGGUCGAGAACGCCAUUGUCAAGCACCUGGCCGUGCGUGACUGUGCCGUCUCUUCUCACGGAGAGGGCCUCGAAAGACAGCUCGUUGCCUACAUCGUCCGUGACAACGAGGACAAGAGAGGCCGAGCGGACGUCGUAGUGGAUGAGUCUGGGUACAGUCCCGCCGCUAGACGUGUUCUUGGAGAGCAUCUCGCCCUCUACAUGAUCCCAACUUACUGGGUAGAACUUGAAGAGCUUCCCACUCAUGGUGUCUCUGGAAAGACCGACCUGAAGGCCUUGCCACCGCCGCCGAGCCCCAAGCUUGCCACCAACGGCGAGAAGGAACAGAACACAAAGGUAAAGCUGGAGACCGUCAAGAAACUCUGGGCCGCCGCCCUCAACAUGCCGGACAGUGCCAUCACCGAAGAGCACGACUUUUUCGACAUUGGAGGCCACUCUCUCGUGUUGGCGGAUCUGGCGAACCGUUUUACCAAGGAAUUCGGAUUCCCCGUUCCGCUUGCCCCUCUUGCUGGUACGCCCACCCUGCAAGGUCACCUACAGGCUAUUCGCGAUGCUCGCGAUGGUCAUACCGCGGCCGUGCAAGCCGAUCUCCCGGCCGUUCUCCGUGCCGACUCGAUUCUUCCCGAAGACAUUCAGUCCAACGGGACUUCCAUGCGACGUUUGAACGAUGCCGGCACAGUCCUUCUGACCGGCGCGACUGGAUACCUUGGAGCAUUCCUUCUCAAAAACCUCGUGGAAACCACUUCGGCACACAUCAUCUGCCUCGUCCGGUUCACAGACCCGACGGAUGACAUGCGUCCUGCGGGAAUGGCCAGAAUUCGUAAGAACCUCAUCGAUCUCGGCAUCUGGGAUGACUCCCUGCUCGACAGGAUGGAGGUUGUGCCUGGAAACCUGUCGCGAGAGCACCUAGGCAUUGCCUCGGAUGUCUACGAUGACAUUGUGUCCCGUGUCGAGGUCAUCAUCCACGCCGCCGCCACCGUCAACCUGGUGUACCCCUAUGCUGCGCUGAGAAGCCCCAACGUUGGAGGCACCAGAGAGAUCCUGCGCCUGGCAUCUAAGAGCGGCGCCACGCUUCACCAUGUGUCCACGAACGGUGUUCUGACUCCGUCUGUGGCAGGCUGGUCCGAAGACGCCAUGGUCGAUAUCGACGACGUCCCCGAGAAGCUCAUUGACGGGUACGGUCAGACCAAGUGGGUGGCCGAGAAGCUGGUCUACGAGGCCGCUCGCCGAGGUAUGCCGUGCAAGGUCUACCGGCCCGGUACGAUUAGUGGCCACAGCAAUACGGGCUCGUGCAACGCCUGGGAUCUCUUGAACGCCCUGAUCGUCGAGUCGUUGCAUCUCAAGACUGCGCCUCAUGUCGACGGCUGGUUCGCCGAGAUGACGCCUGUCGAUUUUGUCAGCGCGGCUAUCACUACACUAGCCAACCACACCGACCCCAAUCAGCUCGUCUAUCACCUCGGCGACCCCAACCCGGUUUCGGCCAACUACAUCUUUGACAGCUUGAACGAGCUCGGGUUCCCUACCACACGCGUCCCGUGGGACGACUGGGUUGAGCUCUGGACCAAGAAGCGAGGCUUCGGCACCGCGGGCGACGUGCCUUUCACCGUCGACAUUCUCCGUGGCGGUAUGCCCACCGCCGAGGCUCUGCAAGCGGUCACCGUCCUCAAGGACGAUGCCACGGCCCCUGCUCUGGCCCUGUACAACCUCCCCCGUCCCAAGAUCGACACCAACCUGCUCGAGACUUACACUCGUCACUUCUGCGCUAGAGGCUGGCUCUCGAGACCCCCGCGAAGGGCCGACGCCAACGGUGCUACGUCCCGUGUCACCAAGGGCCGCCUCGCCGGCAAGGUCGCCGUCAUCACCGGCGCUUCCUCGGGCAUCGGAGCGGCUGUUGCAGCCGGUCUUGCCCGGGAAGGCGCCCACAUCGCCCUCGCCGCGAGACGCACGGAAGCAUUGGAGACCGUCAAGGCCAAGCUUGUCGGCACCGGCGGCAAGGUCCUCAUCCACAAGACGGACGUCACGAACAAGGAGGACGUCGCGUCGCUCAUGCAAGCGGCGGCGGACAAGCUCGGCCCCGUCGACAUCCUCGUCAGCUGCGCCGGCGUCAUGUACUUCACCAUGAUGGCGAACAACCAGACCGAGGAGUGGGAGCGCACCGUCGACGUCAACUGCAAGGGUCUCCUGCACUGCCUGUCCAACACCGUCCCCGGCAUGCUUAGCCGCGGCAAAGGCCACAUCGUGGCCAUCUCGUCCGACGCCGGCCGCAAGGUCUUCCCCGGCCUGGGCGUCUACUCGGCCAGCAAGUUCUUCGUGGAGGCCACGCUGCAGAGCCUGCGUCUCGAGACGGCCGGCACGGGCCUGCGCGUCACCUCGAUCCAGCCCGGGAACACGGCCACGGAGCUGCUCGGCAUGUCGACCGACGCCGAGGCCAUCAAGAAGUACGGCGAGCCCACGGGUGCCAAGGUCCUGGACCCCGAAGACGUCGCUUCCUCGAUCGUGUACGCCGUGUGCCAGCCAGAGCACGUUGCCGUCAACGAGGUGCUGAUUGAGCCGAGGGAUGAGCCUAUCUGA